UCUGUUUAAGACGCCAAUACGGUUGCGUCGGUGUGCCUACAGCCUUAAGGUGUUCGAGCAUUCGUGUCGGUGUAAGCCCGCCAAGUUGUCGUUUAAUCGGUUAGGGAUCAGUGCUCGCGCGUUUGUAAACUUGGGACAUUGUUCAGUUUCGUGUCAAUUCUUGAACAUUAUUAAAUGAAAUAGUUGAAGACAGUGACAUUAGCUGAUCUACUCAGGAUUGUGUUCCUGAGAUCGACACCAAAUAUUAAUUCGAAACAGGUGGUCGGAGUGCCGGCAUGAGGGGAGAGGCGCUGCGGCUGGCGCGGAUAGCGCUGGUCCUUCUGCAGUCCUCAUUUGUUUUAAGUCGGAUAGCUUUUGAGAAAUUGACUGAUGUGGAUUUCUCUGGUACAGCGUACUACACUGUGCGUAAUUUAUCGCUCUAUGAGUGUCAAGGAUGGUGCCGUGAGGAACCAGACUGCCAGGCUGCUUCAUUCAGUUUCGUGUUGAACCCACUGACGCCAGUGCAGGAGACGCGCUGUUUGCUGCAAAAUGACACGCAAGCGAACAACCCUAUGGCCACGCCGCAGCGUGCUGCGAAUACCUAUUACAUGGUAAAACUUCAAGUAAGGACUGAAAGUGUAUGCCUUCGACCUUGGGCAUUCGAACGAGUACCUGGUAAAGCUCUGCGAGGUCUUGACAACACCAUAAUUUACACUUCCACCAAGGAGGCCUGCCUUGCUGCUUGUCUUAAUGAGAAACGGUACGCGUGUCGGUCGGCAGAAUAUGAGUAUGGAAGCAUGAGAUGUGCGCUUAGUGACUCCGACAGGCGUACGGGUCAACAUUUCGUGCAGCUUGUCGACACUCCUGGUACUGACUACUUUGAGAAUUUGUGCCUGAAGGCGACACAAGCGUGCAAGGGGCAGCGAGUGUUCACAGCACCUCGCGUCGGUGUCGCUGAGGAUAAAGUUGCACAGUACGCAGGUUUACACUAUUACACCGACAAGGAAUUGCAGGUAACAUCGGAAGGUGGCUGUCGGCUCGCUUGUGAGAUCGAAUCAGAGUUUUUAUGUCGAUCAUACUUGUAUCUCGGAGCUCCUCACUCUACCACAUACAACUGUCGACUCUAUCAUUUAGACCACCACACUUUGCCUGACGGUCCAUCGGCGUACUUGAACACCGAGAGACCAUUGAUCGAUGAUGGAGAACCAAUCGGAAAAUAUUUCGAGAACUUCUGUGAAAAGCCGCCGACGAACGCCAACCCGCCUGGCGAGUUACCGGUUACUAUCGACCAUCAACAGGAUACCGAAACAUCAAACAACCUGACGAGAAACGACGCCAACUGUGAUAAGACUGGCACUUGCUACGAUGUGUCAGUUCAUUGCAAAGACACCAGGAUUGCGAUACAAGUUCGUACAAAUAAGCCAUUCAAUGGUCGUAUCUAUGCUUUGGGCCGCUCCGAGACUUGCAACAUCGACGUGGUCAACAGUGACCUCUUCCGACUCGAUCUCACCAUGUCAGGCCAGGAUUGUAACACACAGAGCAUUACUGGAGUUUACUCCAACACUGUUGUACUCCAACAUCACAGCGUAGUUAUGACAAAAGCAGAUAAGAUUUAUAAAGUGAAAUGUACAUAUGAUAUGAGCUCGAAGAACAUCACUUUCGGAAUGGUGCCAAUCAGAGAUCCGGAGAUGAUUUCUAUCACAGCCUCGCCGGAAGCUCCACCUCCCCGUAUUCGUAUUUUGGAUGCACGUCAACGAGAAGUGGAGACCGUUCGUAUUGGAGAUCGGCUUACAUUCCGCAUUGAGAUUCCUGAUGAUACUCCAUAUGGUAUAUUUGCGCGCAGUUGUGUGGCCAUGGCAAAGGAUUCCAAGAGUACCUUCCAGAUUAUCGAUGAUGAUGGGUGUCCAGUUGAUCCAUCAAUAUUCCCAGCCUUCUCUCCUGAUGGCAAUGCAUUGCAAUCAGUGUACGAAGCAUUCAGAUUUACAGAGUCAUAUGGCGUCAUCUUCCAGUGUAACGUCAAGUAUUGUCUUGGACAUUGUGAACCGGCUGUUUGCGACUGGGGCAGAGAAUCCCUGGAGUCCUGGGGCAGAAGAAAGCGUUCGUUAUCUGAAAAGGAAACAGGCGAAGCUCACUCUCAAGAGGAAGAUAUGAAUAUAUCGCAAGAAAUCCUCGUCUUAGACUUCGGUGAUGACCGCCAGAGUACCGAUUUCCUCAGAUCAGAUAAGCCUGGCGGUACUGCGUCAGAGGCAAACUUUGGUGAGAAAACAGUGACGAUAGUGGAGCCGUGCCCCAGCAAGUCGUCCGUACUCCUGUUGGGUGUAGCGUGCGCGCUGCUCGUCCUUUUAUAUAUAGCAACUAUAUUCUGUUAUUACAUGCGCAAAUGGCUUACACCGCCCAAGCACAUGUCGUAAACACACUUGUCCAAUGUGCGACUAACUCACAACAAGAGGCUAUUUAGACAAGUUUGUCUCGACAUACAGUUGUUCCAAUGUUUGUCAUGUAUUGAGGAACUUGUGAUACAAAUGACUGAUAACAAAAACCCAUACAAACUGUAUUAAACGUCAUAAAUCCGUCCAUACUUAAUUAAGUUCCGUCGUUCAUAUUGUAAUUUAUAAAGCAUACUCUCGUGGUGUAUUUGUUUGGGAAAUGAUUUCGUGACAAUUUUGAUAUUAUUUUAACCACCGCGUGUUUUGCAUUUAUUUUAGUGUUAUAAUUUAUUGCAUUUAAAAGCAUUUACUAAUUUUAAGUAGAUAUAAUACGAUUAGUGGAAUAGCGAAUUUAAUGACAAAUAGAUUCAUUUGUCCAUUGCCUUUAGCCAAUAUUAGUAACAAACAGAUAGGUUAUUUAUUUUCCUUUAAUACUGCAGUUAAAGGAAAAUAUAUAUUAUUAAGGGAAUGCAUUUAUUAGAAUAAGUAUCGGACCAGUUUAUUGUACAAUUAUUGAGUAGGUACACAUCAAAUUA